CCGGGGGUGGAUGGCACGGGCCGCCGGGCUCCGCGGCGCGGCCCCGCGCGCCCUCCUGCUCCCGCCGUCGCUGCCGCUGCUCCUGCUUCUGCUCCUACUCCCGCGGCCGCUGCUGCUGGCGCGGGCCCCGCGGCCGCCGGAUGCCCACCGCCACCACCCCGUGCAGAGGGGCCCACAGCCCUGGCCCCCUGCUCUGCCCGGUAGACUGGUGCCCACCGCUGCCACCAUCCAGGAGACCCCCCGGCCGACAGGCGGCCCUGGGCCUCCCCGCUGCGGCGUGCCUGACCCUUCCGAUGGCCCGGGCGCCCGCAACCGCCCAAAGCGCUUUGUGCUGUCGGGCGGGCGCUGGGACAAGACAGACCUCACCUACAGGAUCCUGAGGUUCCCGUGGCAGCUGGCGCCGCAGCAGGUGCGCCAGACGAUGGCAGAGGCCUUCCGGGUGUGGAGCGACGUGACGCCGCUCACGUUCACGGAGGUGCACGAGGGCCGUGCCGACAUCAUGAUCGACUUCGCCAGUUACUCGCACGGCGACGACCUGCCCUUCGACGGGCCCGGGGGCAUCCUGGCCCACGCCUUCUUCCCCAAGACGCACCGAGAAGGGGACGUCCACUUCGACUCCGACGAGACCUGGACCAUCGGGGACGAACAGGGCACGGACCUUCUGCAGGUGGCCGCCCACGAAUUUGGCCACAUGCUGGGGCUGCAGCACACGACGGCGGACAAGGCCCUCAUGUCCACUUUCUACUCCUUCCGCUACCCGCUGAGCCUCAGCGACGACGACCGCAGGGGUAUCCAGUAUCUGUACGGCCCUCGUCCCCGGCGGGUCCCCAAGCCCAGCACCCCGGCCCCGGGCCCCUGGGCUGGUGAGGACACCAAUGAAAUUGCACCUUUGGAGCCGGAAGCCCCACCUGACCCCUGCGAGACGCGCUUCGACGCCAUCGCCACCAUCCGCGGCGAGCUCUUCUUUUUCAAGGCGGGCUUUGUGUGGCGGCUGCGGAGAGGCCAUCUACAGCCCGGCUACCCCGCGCUGGCUUCCCGCCACUGGCGGGGACUGCCCAGCCCCGUGGACGCGGCCUUCGAGGACGCCCAGGGCCACAUCUGGUUCUUCCGAGGUGCUUGGUACUGGGUGUACAACGGGGAGGAGCCGAUCCUGGGCCCCGCGCCCCUCUCCGAGCUGGGCCUGGGGGGGUCCCCGGUCCACGCCGCCUUGGUCUGGGGUCCCGAGAAGAACAAGGUCUACUUCUUCCGAGACGGGGACUAUUGGCGCUUCCACCCCAGCACCCGCCGCGUGGACAGCCCCGUGCCCCGCCGGGCCACCGACUGGAGAGGGGUGCCCUCCAAGAUCGACGGCGCCUUCCAGGAUGCUGAUGGCUACGCCUACUUCCUGCGGGGCCUUCUCUACUGGAAGUUUGACCCUGUCAAGGUGAACGUCCUGGAGGGCUUCCCCCGCCUCGUGGGCCUCGACUUCUUUGGCUGUGCCAAACCUGCCAACGCUUUCCGUUGACCCCAGCCCGGAUGCUCCCGGGGGUGCUGACCUCUGCCAGGCCCCUGACACCCUUGUGGCUGCAGCGUGUCCUCAGGGCAUGGGAGUGGGUGGGGGGUGCUGCCUCCCUGACAAGUGUAGGGUGGACCACGCGGGCCGUGGUGCCCCAUCAGCGAUGACUUCAGACCGGGCAGGGGAGGCUUGGAUGUUACUUGAGGUCACGGUCAAACCCAGCCGUCCUUGGUCUCCGUCCCUCCCUGCUGGCCCGGUUCCCGGCAGGUGCUGGUGCUGGAGCAGGGGGUUCUAGAGGACUCCCCCCGGGCCUUCUGUCCCAGCCGAACAGCUUGGCCAAGGGGCAGGGCCACUUCCCGAGAAGCUGGCUCUGCAGAGAUGCUUGGAUCUGGCUGCCUUCUGGCUGGGGAGUCUGGAGAGCGGUUCUCCAUGACCCCAUCCCAAAGGGUCAGAUCAGCUGGGUGGGAGGGAGCUUCCUGUGGGGGACCCCAGGCCCUGGAGGCCCCAACAUAUCUCUGUCUAUACCUCAUUCCUGUCACGGGCCUGCUCAUCCCACAGUCCUCUUUCCCGCACCACUUCACUGGGCUCCUCCCAAACCAUGUAAAUGUGUGUACAGUGUGUAUAAAACCUUUUACUACUUUUUUACUGGGAGACUGUCAUUAAACCUGGUCAGUUUCUA